CUUCACAUCGAACCCCAACGAAAGAUCAACUCACGGGCUCUCUGUACAAAAGCAAAAGUACACCCAUAUUCAGGUACAACUACUUUCUUAAGCCAACGCCGUCAGCAAGUCGACACAGUACCAUCUCGGAGCAAUUUAAAUUUCCCUGAGGCUUGAGCUUUCGGGUUUCGAAAUAAAUUGUUUGAGCAGCCAGUCCGUCUUGCAUCAACAAGCCUUCUGCCGGCACUUUAUAAAACUGUUGAAAGAAUGCGACCAAAUGGGCCGCGCGACCCUUACGCAGGGCCGGAGUCUGGUCCUGAAGAACCCUUUCCGAUAAGACUUCAAGGUCCCGUCAUUCGUGGAUUCGGACGGGGAAGUAAAGAGCUCGGCAUCCCCACAGCCAACAUCCCCCCCGAAGGACUCUCCUCGUACCCCGACCUAGCAUCAGGCGUAUACUACGGCUGGGUCGGUCUCUCCUUCACCCACUCCCCCGACACUUCGUCAUCCGCGACAGAAAUAUACCCCGCCGUCCUCAGCAUAGGGUACAAUCCAUUCUACAAGAACGACACACGCAGCGUGGAAAUCCAUGUCCUUCACCAAUUUACGCACGAUUUCUACGGCGCCGCGCUCAAUCUGUUGAUGUUGGGCUUCAUACGGCCUGAGUACGAUUAUGUCAGUCUCGAUGCCCUCGUGGAAGAUAUUAGGAUGGAUUGUGAUGUCGCGAAGCGGAGUCUGGAACGGCCGAGCUACGAGAAGUUCAAAUCAGAGAAAUGGUUGAGGGAUUUUGGGUGGAUGUCGAACGUUGAUACGGGGAAGGUGGAGAGGGAGGUUUUGAAGAAGGAUCCAUAGGACUCUUGCUUGUGCGGUCGAGGGGGGUCAAGACCCGAGGGGGGUCAAGACUAGACGUACGCGCAAGGUCUGUUUGUGGUAGACAAAGGCAUGUUCAGACAGGAUUUGGAUAUGUGUUGACUGUCUAGAAGGGAAAGCCCAUCCUGCCGGAUUGUCAGAGUUGAUU